AGAAGGCUUUCCUGGCCCCAAAGAGGCGGCGGCCUUUUCAUAACAUUGUCGGCUGUUAUGGAAGCUCUGGCCUUGAUCGGGGUUUUGCUGCGCGUUUUGCUGGCUCUGGCGCUCCUGGCUUUCGCGCUGUAUUGCGGCUACAUCCAAUGGGUGCAUGUCAAGUACGACCACAUCCCCAGCGCCCCCCGAGCCAGCUUUUUCUUUGGUCAUCUGCCAAUCUUGUGGAAAAUGCUGAAGGGCAAGGAACUCGUGCAUGAUCUCUUUCUGCAAUGGGCUCAAGAAUAUGGACCAGUAUUGCGUUUCAAUGCCUUUCACAGAGUCUCCUUGUUGAUUGUAAGCCCUGAGGGCGUCAAGGAGUACUUGAUGUUGCCACAAUACCCAAAAGACCGAUUUGUAUAUGGGCGCCUUUACAAUAUGUUUGGUGUAAGAUUUUUAGGAAAUGGGUUGGUAACGGAUCGUGAAUAUGACCAUUGGCACAAGCAGAGGAGAAUUAUGGAUCCAGCCUUCAGUCGAACUUACCUGAUUGGCCUUAUGGAAACAUUCAACAACCAAGCAGAAGAACUUAUGAUGGAACUGGAGAAAAAGGCAGAUGGAGAAACCAAAGUGGAUGUGAUGGACCUUCUGAGACGGGUGACACUAGAUGUCAUUGCAAAGGUGGCUUUUGGCCUCGAAUUGAACACCUUACAUGAUGAACAGACGCCUUUUCCCCAUGCAGUGAACUUGGUCAUGAAAGGGAUGACUAAUGCCCGCAUUCCGCUAUUCAGGUAUAUGCCAGGAAACAGAAAAACUGUGAGAGAGAUUCAGGAAAGCUUGAGGCUGCUACGUCGCACUGGGAAAGCGUGCAUUGAGCAGAGGCAAAAGGCCAUCAAGAAUGAAGAAGAGGUUCCCAUGGAUAUUCUCACCCAGAUACUAAAGAAUGCUGCUCAAGAAGAACACCAUGAUAUUGAAAAUAUGCUGGACAAUUUUGUCACCUUCUUUGUUGCAGGUCAUGAAACCACAGCUAAUCAAUUAUCCUUUGCUGUAAUGGAAUUGUCACGACACCCAGACAUAGUUGUAAAACUCCAGGCAGAAGUGGAUGAGUUCAUUGGUGUGAAGAGAGACAUUGCCUAUGAAGAUCUUGGAAAACUUGAAUAUUUAUCACAGGUCCUUAAAGAAGUCUUGCGAUUAUAUCCACCAGUUCCAGGCACCGUACGCUGGACAGGAAAGGAAAACGUCAUUGAAGGGGUCAGAAUUCCACCAAACACUACAUUGAUUUUUAGUACAUACAUCAUGGGGCGAAUGGAAAAGUAUUUCAAGGAUGCACUUACCUUCAAUCCUGACAGAUUUAACAAAGAUCAACUCAAGCCAUACUUUUCCUAUUUCCCAUUUUCUCUUGGACCUCGUUCCUGUAUUGGACAGAUAUUUUCACAGAUGGAAGCUAAAGUGGUGAUGGCCAAGUUUUUGCAGAGAUUUGACUUCCAGCUGGUUUCACCACAGAGCUUUAAAGCUAUAGAUACAGGAACACUGAGGCCUUUAGAUGGUGUCCUGUGCAGACUAAAGCCACGCCAUCAACUCAGUCGUAAAGAAGAUUAAAUGAAAUAUUGGUUGCCUAGUACUCUCUACAGUCAGACCUUCAUAUCCACAUAUUCAGCCAACUUUGGGUUGAAAAUAUUUUUUUUAAAUCCCAAGAGCAAACCUUGGUGUUGCCAUUUUAUAUAAGCAGCACCAUUUUACUAUGCCUUUGUAUAUAAUGGAAACGGUCCUGCAACCCAACCCUACAGAUGAUUACAUAGGAAAUCCUGGAACCAGUUGGAGUCCCAGAUGGAAAUGACAUAAGCCACAGAGCACUGAUGCACAAAGACUGUUUUUUUGUGUGAGAGUUUGAUGUCUGAUCACUGCAAUGUGAAGCUAGAUUUGAAUUGCAUUAAAUGGUCAGUGUAGAGGUGGAAUUAGGAGGACAUUCUUAAAUCUGGGUUGUAGAAGAGAGGGGAUUUUUAAGGCUUUUCCCUAGCUAUGGAUUACUCAUUGACAUGCAGGUUUCCAAACAGUCUUUUCAAAGAAUUUUACUUCAAAUUGUCUUUGUUUCAUUUAUAUCCUGUUUUUCUACAUAUACAGGAUCUAAGGGUUUUUACACCCAGAUUUAAACAGGGUAUAGCUAAAAAGAUUUUUUGGAAAAGUUAAAAAAAACAAAUAACUAUUAUGUUAAAAAUGUCAUAAUUAAUACUUUAUAAAGCACUGUUAUGAAUAAUAAGCUAAGACUUGAAUAAGAACAUUGUAGAAGGAGGAGAGUGAGGCAGAAUGUAAAAAAGAAUGAGAAUAUCAAUAUCUCAAUGUCACAAACAUCCAAAUUCCUGUAAUUUCAUCUAUUUUUGCAUGUGAGUGAGCAGCUAAAUGUGUCUGACUCAGUUCACUGGCAAUGCCAGAACAUUAAAUCGUACACAUGAAUUAUUGCUGGUUUAAUAAGCAGACUGAAAAGGCAGUGGGGUAAAAAAGUUAAAUUAGGGUGAAAUAAAAUUUAAUAAAUUGUGUUUGAAGAUUUAAUGGUGAUUUGUACUAUUUUUGGAUUGCAAGCCGCAUUGAGUCCCAUUAAGAGAAGAAAGUGGGUAAUAUAAAAAAAUAACAACCAUAACAAUGAUGAUUGUUUAGAAGAGAUUUAGGGAUGUUCACAGAUUCUGUAACCUGAUUUGAAAGCAAAUUGUGAUUGUGCAAAAGGGGGGGGGGAUAACUGUUUGAAAGAACUGUGGUUGGGAAACUGGACUGACAGGGAAACCGAGAUUGUGCAAGCAAAAACUGAAAGGAAAUUGGUAGUGCUUACUGAUUAUAAAAGAAAUGAGAAAUUGUGAAAUUCAUUGGCUUUAUAGAGAAAAAUUCCAGACUGGAUCUGGAAAAAGUGAAUGGGUUUAAAAGAAGAAUUUGAAAGUAGCAGAAAUGUGAUGAAAAAUAAUUGUGCUGUACUGAUUGAAAUUAAUAAAAAAUGAAAUAUACUAGAAUGAGAUUUA